CCAUUAGGUUCGAUCUUCUUUUACUGUUCCUCGCUUGGCACGCGUCCAUCGUCACUGCCGUUUCUGUUUCAGUUCUUUGCUUUUUCUUUCUUUGCUUUCCAUUUCUCUUCUCUCUCUCGCCCUCCUCUCAAGUGUUUUGCAAGCAUUUCUCCCUUUCUCUUUGUCGCCACGGUCUCCAUCACUCUUAAACCUUCGUUUCUUCUAUCCCUGUCAAAUCUUGGCUUGCUAGAAAAGUCUGAAGCAGUAUAAGCUUCUUCAGCUUUUUGAUUUGGAUUGAAGAUGAUUUUAAGCCAACAAGGUUAACGUUUUCUGAUUGGGCGAACUUGCCAACAGAUGUUUUGUCUUCGAUUUACGACAGGUUGCCUGUUGCAUCAGAUUGCGUACAAUUCAUGGCCGUUUGCAGGUCAUGGCGGUGUAUGAAAAAGGACAGAAAAUAUAAACGUGCUAGGUUGACAACUCCAAUGGUCUUUGUUUCUGAGAGGAAAGAAAAUACAUGGAAUGCAUAUGAUUUUGUGAACAAUCAAGUCUUUGGUUUUCAAUUAAAAUUACCAAAGGCGCGAUUUUGUGGGUCUUCCAACGGAUGGAUAAUAACAGUGGAGAAUUUUGUUGUAACCCUAAGGAAUCCACAAUAUGAUGUUAAAGGGAGGACAGAGAGGCCUUCAAUCAUUCGUCUUCCUCCACUAAAACCUCAAAUUAAUUACAAAAUAAGAGGUUAUGCUAAAGCUCAUGCAGACUAUUUUGUCAUCAAGGCUACGAUGUCGGCAGACCCGAUCUCAAACUCCAAAGAUUGCAUUGUUAUGGUUCUGUAUGAGCCUCUUAGUCAAUUGGCUUUUAUUAGGCUUGGUAGAGACACAAGGUGGACUUAUAUUGAUAAGCAUGGUGAUGAAAUCUAUUCGUGGAUUAAAGAUGUUGUUCUAAUUGAAGAUAAGAUUUACGUCGUCGAUAGUCAGAGCAGACUUUGGGCUUUUGAAUCUACAUACAAAUCCACCGUAGAUGUACAAUUGGUUGCUACUGGAAUAGCAGAUCGACCUCAGAAAAUGUAUCUUGUCGGUUCAAAGAAGAAAGGACUAUUGAUGAUUUACAGAUUUAGUGAGUAUCGACGGUUUACCCGCGAGUCGAGGAAGUUUAGAAUUUAUGAAUUGAGUUCUAAUGACGAGUGGAUUGAGAAAAACGACUUAGGUGAUAUUGCUUUGUUUGUGGGAGAUAACGAUUCAGUAUCUGUAGUGGCUUCAAUGCAUUCAAGAUGUCAGUCAAACUGCAUAUACUUCCUUAAUGACAACGAUGGUAUACAUUGUCAGCAUACAUUUGACGACUUCGGGGUGUAUAAUGUCAAAAGUCAAAGCGUUACAAAACCUGCACGUUUGAGGAACCCAGUGAAAAGGACGAGGUACCCUCCAUUUAUGUUUCAACCAACUGUUUACAUGUAACAGUUUAUUAUGUCCCUUAGAAUAUUAUUUUAAAGUUAAUUUACUUGGAACUCAGGAAUAAGGGGUAUGUUGUUCUUCUCUCUGAAUUUACGCCCUUUGUCUUAUCAGAUUGGGCGACUUUGCAAUGGAACUUUUGUAUAUAUUUUUGAUGUAUAGUAGACGAUUCAUGGCCAUUUGCAUGUCAUGGCGUUGUCAGAUAAAGAACAAAAA